GCCUGCGCCCAACUGAGGCGCGCACAGAGCAGCUAUUGUUAGCCGCAGGUUUCCUCACACUUGAUCCCCGGCUACCUGUUGCCUCUUUGCCGUUGUUGUUUGCUCCAAAAUAACGCUGUCGAGGAACCAGUCGCAGCCAGGUGAGGGAAGGCAAAGGUGUCGUCGGUGGGAAGAAAGAAAGAAGGAAGGAAAGGAGAACUCGACGCGGAAACAAGGAAGUAAAUAAGAGCGAGGAAGAUUGUUGUUCUUCAACAGGUUCCAAUGUUUUAGCAGCGCUGACAAGCAAACGACGAAAAGAAAAUGCCACUGGGUCCGUGGAGGAAGAAAAACAAGUCGACCAAGGAGCACCUGGUGGACAACGAGGAGGUCGGCGGCGGUCACGCAGGUGCCGGGGGUUCGCUCACUAAGUCCGCCGUCAAUGGCGCCGGGCUACCGCCUCCGCCCGCCAACCUGCGGCCCAAACUGGUCUUCCACACGCAGCUGGCCCAUGGAAGCCCCACGGGUAGGAUCGAGGGAUUCGGCAACGUCAAGGAGCUCUAUGCCAAGAUAGCAGACGCCUUCAAAAUCAGCCCACCAGAGAUCCUCUUCUGCACCCUCAACACUCACAAAAUUGACAUGGAAAAGCUGCUGGGGGGGCAGAUUGGUCUGGAGGACUUCAUCUUCGCCCACGUCAAAGGGAUCAAGAAGGAGGUGGAAGUGUUUAAGUCAGAGGACGCCCUCGGCCUCACCAUCACCGACAACGGAGCGGGAUACGCCUUCAUCAAGCGCAUCAAGGAGGGCAGCGUUGUGGACAAGGUGAAGGUGAUCUGCGUGGGCGACCACAUCGAGUGCAUCAACGGCCGCAACAUCGUAGGAACACGGCACUAUGAGGUGGCCCGCAUGCUCAAAGAGCUACCCAAGGACAAGACCUUCACUCUCAAACUGUUGGAGCCCAUGAAGGCCUUUGAAAUGCUGGAGCCCAGGUCCAAAGGGGCCAAGCCCAGCAAUGACAACAAGGUCGGGAACGGCAAGGGAACGCUGAGACUUCGCUCCAAGGGACCAGCGACAGUAGAAGAUGAGCCAACAGAGUUUGAUGAUAAAGCAGUGAAGAAGGUGGAUGACCUCCUGGAGAGCUACAUGGGCAUCAGAGACACUGAACUUGCUGCAACGAUGGUGGAGGUGGGCCGUGACAAGAAAAACCCAGACGAGUUCGCCAUGGCGCUGGACGAGACUCUUGGGGACUUUGCCUUUCCGGACGAGUUUGUCUUUGACGUGUGGGGCGCCAUCGGAGACGCUAAGCAGGGAAGGUUCUAGGUGGGCCCCACAAACACACGCCUCAUCUUUUUAUUGCAAUGCACCUUUUUUGUUUGUUUUUUAAUCCUGGAAGAAGCUCAGUGGUGACAAGGAGAGCGAGCCAAAUCUUGUUGCUGGUGGAGACUGGCGAAGGUCUGUGACACGUGCACAGACCCUCGUCCUGCACCGUACUUCAUCUUUGACAGCAUUUUUAAUCAUAGCUGUGUCAUUCUCAUUGCAAACAUCACGCAGCUUUGUAUAGUUUUUUGUUUUGUUUUUAUAAAGUGCAAAAUUACAACGCAGACAUUUUAGGAGCAACUUCACUAUAACUAACGACUCCUUACUCGUCACAAAGUAGGUUUAAAUGCCUUCGCACAGCUGGACUUUACAGUCAUCUUUCCUCUUCACUUAACUUAUUUUGUCGUAAAUAAUCUGCCAUAAUACGGUGAAAUGUCUGGAAUGUGAUAAGCUCCCACCCAGAGUCUGGCAAACGAGCCAGACUCGCGUAAACACGUAAACUUAAGACCAAACUUAUUCAUACGAUGGACUUUUUUUUUUUCCUUAAAUGUUUUUUAUGGAUUUCUUUUAGCGGGAAAUGACACAAGAUGAUGUCACCCUCUCAAAAUAGUUCAUUAACGAUCUAUCUUUUUGCUAAUAGCAAUAAAGAUAGAUAAUUUGUUUUAAUAUCUGAUAUUUAUGGAGCCCCUAAAGCAUGGGUGUUAAACUCUGGCCCGCGGGCCAAAUUUGGCCCGCCGUGUAAUUUCACUUGGCCCUUGAGGCGAUAUCAAAUUAACACUAAAGCUGACCCACCGAUCCUCCCGAGAGUCUUCCAAACGCCAGCCAGCAAGUCACAUAACACGUGCGGCUUCUGCACGCACACACAUUAGAAUGCAACGCAUACUUCAUCAACAGCGAUACAGGUUACACUGAGGCUAGCCGAAUAAAAAACUUUAACACUGUUAGAAAUAUACACCACACUGUGAAUCCACACCAAACCAGAACCCUUUGCAGCACUAACUCUUCCGGGACGCUACAAGGUGUGUGUGUGGGGGAGUUUUGGUGGUAGCGGGGGUGUAUUUUGUAGCGUCCGGGAAGAGUUAGUGCUGCAAAGGAUUCUGGGUAUUUGUUCUGUUGUGUUUAUGUUGUGUUACGGUGCGGAUGUUCUCCUGAAAUGUGUUUGUCAUUCUUGUUUGGUGUGGAUUCACAGUGUGGCGUAUAUUUCAAACAGUGUUAAAGUUUUUUGUACUGGCAUCACUGUUGUUGAAGUAUGCGUUGCAUUCGCUCGUGUGUGCGUACAGAAGCCGCACAUAUUUUGUGACUGGGUCUGAACGAUGUUAGAAUGGAUGAAAAGCGGACGUGACGAUAGCUCGUAGAGUACGUUAAAGGUUAAUUUGUUCAACCUUGGCCCGCGGCUUUGUUCAGUUUUAAAUUUAGGCCCUCUCUGUAUUUGAGUUUGACACCCCUGCCCUCAAGGGACAUGGGAUUUUU